UGUUAAAUAAUUCGACAUACAAAUAUGUUACGAUGAGUUAUUUUUUCCUAUAUUGGACCCUCUGCCUGCCCCUAUUCUACUUCCUACAAGGACAGGACAUAGCCAAAUACUAAGAAAAAGGCGAUAAUAAUAUGCUUAUGAACAUAAUUUCCAGUAAAAAGAUUUCAUUUUCAUUGCUUUUGUGCGCGUUCUUUUCUUACUCUUUUGCUUACAAUUUCAUUAUUAGUAAUAACUGCCCUUUUACAAUAUGGCCUGGUACACUGGCUGGUGCGGGAACUCCUCCACUUCCUGCGACUGGUUUUCGAUUAGAUGCAGGGCAAAGCAUCACAAUUCCAAGUGUAGCUGGAUGGUCAGGGAGAAUUUGGGCUAGAACUGGCUGCACUUUUGAUGCAUCAGGUAUUGGCUCGUGUCAAACAGGUGAUUGUGGUGGGAAGCUUGAAUGUAGUGGGCUUGGUGCCACGCCACCUGCCUCCCUCUUCGAGAUAACUCUUGGUGUGGGAGACAACAAAGAUUUCUAUGAUGUUAGUAUUGUUGAUGGCUAUAAUUUACCAAUGGUUGCUGUCCCUCAAGGCGUCAACGGAGGAUGCAAUGCCACUGGCUGCCUCUCCAAUCUUAACAUGGGUUGUCCUAAAGAACUUCAAGUGAUGGGUGGAUAUGGAGGAGAAGGGAAUGUGGUGGCUUGCAAGAGUGCAUGUGAGGCUUUUGGUUUAGACCAAUAUUGCUGUGCAGGACAGUUUGCAAAUCCAACAACUUGUCAACCAUCUUUUUACUCUACUAUCUUUAAGAAUGCUUGUCCAAGGGCUUAUAGCUAUGCAUUUGAUGAUGGCACUAGCACUUUUACCUGCAAAGCUAAUGACUAUGCAAUCAUCUUUUGUCCAAUGAAUGGGGUAAAGAGGCCUAAUGAAGAAGCAUCAACAACUCAAGCAACUCGGCCUAUUGAAGAGAGUAAAACUGGAAAGUUUGCAGGAUCUAUGGCGUCAUCUUCAAACAUUAUUCUCCUUCCUUUUCCAAUGCUAAUUCAUAUGCUGCUAAUUUCCAGCUUAUAUCUGUAAGCAUCUAUCAUAUUAAUAGCACGCGGCCGCUUGAAUGGUUCAGCAGAACAACAAGAGGACACAUUCAUAAUUCAAUUGGGUGCUGUGUAAGAAGAGUAGAGAGGAAUAUUUGGUACCUCAAGAAAAGGUUGUGUAUCCAUUGAAAAAUUUAGAGCCAAACAAUACCAGGCCACCUUUGCUUUUUAAAAAAAUACAAGUAGUUCUUGCUUUUAGACA